AUGCCUGCCUCAUUUUCCGUGGCUCGUGCCACCGCCACUUUACCCAGACAUUGGUCAAAGCCUCUUCCCAAUGGCCAAGCUCUAAAUUCGGACCCCCGAAUCAGCAAGAAACAACAGGCUGCAAACAAAACUCGUUUGAUCCUGCAAAAUUACUUGAAAAGCGGCAUCGAACCCCCGCCAGAAGUGCUAGAUAGUCUGGAUCCCACCAACCUCAGCUACGAUGGCACCUUGUCUUCUAAGGGCUCGACAGACUCUCUCAAAGUCACGUCGGCCGCCUCAGAUGAGCGCAAACGGCUUGUUCGCAAGCAGACCCGCCGACAAAGCAUUCUGCCUUCAUUCUUUGAGCCAAUUAAUCGCAACUCCAAGUCCUCUACCUCGAGCAGUGGUGCGCCUGUCGCACUGACCACGGCUGCUCUCACUCAGCACGACUAUCCAGCCGUGGCCUUCCUUGCUCCCUCAUCGCGUGUCAUCCGUCGAGCAACCUCCUUCGCUGGCACCAUACCGCCACCACCAAUGAUUCGCAUAGUCAAACCCGAACCUGAGUGUCUCGAUGAUCACUCCAACCCCAGUAGCCGGGAUCCAUUCUAUUAUGACAAGGUACUAGAUGGCCUGGAAGAAGAUCGACCAUCUAGCCCUCGUCGACAACGUCGCCGAAUCAACUCCAAGGUCGAGCCACGUCCCGACAGCGGUUUCGACCAAGGCGGCGUGACGGCCUGGUUCGCGGAUCAAUAUUUAGCUGCCAACUAG